AUGAUCUUUCUUUUUUAUUAUUCUUUCUUUACCUGGCUCUCAAGGAUUGCAGACGUGCUCGAAAGGGACAUACCAGAGGUGCAGCAGGCUCACGUAGCGGCUACAUACAGCCUGACGUACAGCCUGCCAGCUGUGCCCCAGGAUAUUAAAGCCAGCAUAGGGCGCCACCAGGCUGGCACCUAUUUUAAAGGGCGCAACAGAGUUGUGCAGUGGCUGUACCAUGACCUUUGCGUGUACACCAUGUACCCUGGAAAGUUAUAUGCAGAAGCUGCUCAAGCUCUGGUUGACAGGUACCCUACCCUGGCUGAUUGUUCUGGCACCGGCUAUGACUCUUGGCGGGAAGCCCUACGGUUUAAGGCAAAAUACGAGAGAAGAAAAAUUAGGACCCGUGAGGAGGCAGCCGAUUAUCCACCACAGAAGAAAGCAAAGGAAGUUCCGGAAGGGGAGGGCAUGGUGAACGGAAAUGCACCACAGCGUGUUGCGAGGCCAUCUGUGGUAGCUCCACCAUCUGACAGCGAAGGUAUCGAAAGUCUCGCUGCACACGCAGAGGCUAUGAAGAGAGAGGUGAAGAAGACACGGCCGGAUCUUGCCUAUAUUGCAGAUUGCAUGCGGCGGACUUUCACAAGCCGAAGACAAUGGAUUGCUUCGGAGAGUCCAUCUGUGCCGGAAAUUCUUGACAGAUACCUGUCAUUGCCAAUGAGCUCAAUCGCUCAGCUGGAGUUCGAGCUGAUCACAAAUGUGCCUGUUUUGCAAAGCCUUGAACGGGCAUUAGAUCAGGCAAAAAAAAAGAUUGUGAAGGCAGCACGGCAAAAGCGCCACCUGGAGAUCUUCCUGGAAGACUUCGAUGCCUAUUUGAGUGGUGCCUCGGAAGCUACAGAUCCUGCGGCUGUGCACUACGUGCCAAUGGUCACCUACAGCGGCGACAUUUUGACCGCCACAGAAUUUUCCGCAUCCCUGGAAGCCCUCUCAAUCAAAGAGACAAGCCUGCUGGCUGCAGUGGCCACACAAAUGGCCCUCUACUGGGCAUUUGACAUUGUAUUCGUCAGCAAAGGUCGAAAGACAUUUGACUUGCUAUCCUGCCUAAUAAAGGUGGACAGCGGGCUGAAGCCAACGCCACUGGGACUGCUGAGUAAAGCACAGGUGACCUGA